CAGGCCAACUGGCCCCCUAGAUAGCUGUGGAGGUUGCACUCUCCUCGCCUCAUCAACGUUGGCCUGGAUGCCUCUCAGUGUCUGAACCGUGCAUGGCUUGAUAAGCAAUACAUGUGCUGGCGUCUGCUGUCCAUACUGACCUUGCUAUUGCUAGUACUAGUAAGUACGAACUCCAGUCCAGGCCUAGACCAACAUCACAGUGUUAUUAGCACAGGGUGACAACAGCACUGUGAAGUGGUGUGAGGAGCUUAUCUCUGCACAGUUUUCUGAGCGUAUCCUGUCCUUUUGCCUGGUCAAUGGAGGGACAACCAACAUGCUAGUAGUAGUAAUGGCAGUGGUCCAUGGUGGUCUCCUGAGACAAAGACAAGUCCAUUCUCCUGUACUGUAGCUAGCAGUGAGUGAGUGAGUGCGCUGAAGGAGGCAGCUCUAAAAACGCUGCAUUCUUUCUGUCGUGUGGCACCUCUGUGGUCGCUCGCUGGUGAAUUGCUUUCACGCCUACAACAAACGAGAGUUCCGAUCCGGGACUAAGCAGCAAGCUGUCUCUACUGGGCUGAGCCACGUCAAACCUUGCAGUUGCACUGUUUCAGAGUUUGUGUUGCUCGCCGGACGACUUGACAGAGCUGCAGCGUUCGGACAGUUUUGUCAGCUCGCUAACACAUCGGGGACGGUUCAACUGGCAUUGCGUGUCCUGUGUGAACAGCUGACUGUGCGGAGUUCACGGCUGCGUGCUUUCAGGUAAAGUCCCUAGCAGCACUAUCGCUACGCUACAUUGUAGUACAAGUAGGUCGCUAGCGAGUUCAGACUACAGGGUGCCUGUGAGAUGGCAUGUUCAUCACCACCACCACCAGCAGCAGCAGAAAAGGUAUCGACGGACGGCGAGCAGCGGCAGAUAUCGCCCUUGCAGCGCAACAGGACGAUGAGUGCAACGCACCGGCUUGUGACCAUAUCACCAACACAUAGGCCAACUGAAAUCAGUAAUAGCGCUUCAGGUGACUUGGCAGUUAGUAGUCGUUCGUUGAUGCACAGUAAACCCUUCAUGACUAGUGUUGCUGUUAGCGCUGCUGCUGGUAGAGAACUAAUGGAUGGGACAGGCGGAGGCGCCACCAGAAGUCGCUCUAGCUCGCUGCUUUCGACUUGGUUCGGAACAGGAGAUGGACUGAACGAAGUGGAACAAGCUGAGUUAGAGAUCGAGAAGAUGAUCACUAAGAUUCGUCGAGACCUGAAUCACAUGCAUGAUCAGGACCUAUACUUCUCAAAGUGGAUCGGAACACUGGGUCGCAAGAUUAAUAACCUUGAGACGGCAGUCUACUCAUCCGGAGAUCAUCGGCUGAACGAUUCCCUGACGUCCGGCGAUGACGAAGUGGACAGCGCGUCGUGUGCAGAUUCCUGCGACGAUGACAGUCGACAGCCAAACGGGCACGCACCGAUCAGCGUUACGACUUACUCCACGGCACUCGAACACAACCCUCUAAGCCGGUCAUCUUCUCCAACAUCGAACGGCACGUCUAGCAGCCACUUGAAUGCGUACGCAAGUUCUACGGAUAGUGAUUACUACACUGAUUGCCGGCUGGCGCCGAUAGAAGAACGUCACUCUCAGCAGACAGUAUCAUCAGUAGGCUCUCGCACUUCACACGCAGGGAUCACCAAACCACGGGCAACGUCCUGCGACUCGGUUGACUCUCUCUACUCCAAGUCCUGCACUAGCCUACCUGGCAGCCUCUCUGGUGGAGCCGGCAGUCAUCUUAGCCGACAGGACAGCGUCAGCAGUGGCAUACAUGCAGACGAGCUUCUAGCAAUGUACUCCAAGCGCGAGAAAGGUGUUCGGCAAGAGAUGGGUUUGGCUUCGCAGGGCGGCACGCCCAACAAGCGAGCGUCGUAUUUGUCUCAGGACGCGUCCACCCUUCGCUCUCCGAGUGACACAUCGUUAGUACAGGAGCAACCUGUGGAAGAGGCGAGGUACAGCAAAAAUGCUGCUGCGGCGCCCUUGACACGGCAAGUCUCCUGGGACCUCGACACACCAGCUUGUAAGAACACAGCAAAUAGCGCCAAUACUAACACUAGCGGCAGUAGCACUGAAAAAGCCGCGCAGCAAUUAGACAAGCCGCUCACAAAGUCAACCGUACCUCACAAACCACUGCAGUAUAAUGAGAUCUUCGAGCCGCCUCUGUCCUACAGUGAAGCAUGCAUGUCACCCGGAUCACCCACCAUGGACGAUCAGUUCCUGUCGCCGCGCUUGGCCAAGCGAAACUCUGGCAUCUUCGGUUCUGUCCGCCUGCGCCAGUCGUUGCGAAACAUCACGCGAGGACGCGUGCAGACAACUACAUCGCCAAAUGAUAAGGUAGUAGCAUCAGCAAUACCGUCGGGAGUAGCUUCACCACCUGUUGCACCCGGCUCACCGACUAGUUCACCGUUUGCGAGAACGGAGAAGACAAGAUGGAGGUGGGGCAGUGUCCGUGGUAGCAGUUCCGGAUGAACUUGUGUGCAUGAACAGCAGCACUAGCAGCAGCAGCAGUUCCACUGGAGCUUGCCUAUCACCUGCAUUGGUGUGGUCUUUAACAUCUCAACUUGCCAUGCAAGGCUACAGGCUGGUGAUAGUGUAUGUGAACAUCUCGAUUGAGCCUUGCAAGGCUACAGGCUGGGUAUCGAUAGUCUGUACAUGUAUGGACAUCAUGGCCAGAGAUUUGCUUCCAUACUAUACCCGGACACGAGCGAAAUACCACUUCACUAACGCAGCAUCUCAGUUUCUGAUUGUCUGCGGCCAGUCCCGUGGUCCUGGUUCACUCAUGGCUUUGAGCUUCUGCCGAUCUCGCAAAUCAAAUGCAGAGCCAACCCCUGACAGUGUCUCAGUGUCUGGACUCUAUUAAGGAUCAUGUAGUCACGAUGUUCUUGUACCCUGUACGUGUGUAGGACAACACAUCUAGCGUAGAUUAGCGCCAGCAUGUCGUGAUCCCUAAACAUUCUCGCAGAUCCGACUAGCCGUCAUCAGUUCACCGGUCAGGCUUCGAUAGCGAACCCCCGGUGCAGACGUUUUAACUCUGGGUUUCAUCUCCACUGCCGUGGAACUUAGCUUGGAACUCCUUUUUUUGUAGUGUUGUUUUAUGUCAUCCCCACCAUCCUCAUGUUAAUAAUUAUCACUUUUACGUUUUAACGUUAUAUCCCGACGGUCAUCAACACAAAAAUACCUAUUUAUAGUUACCUUGGCCUAUUCCACACCUUUAAAUCUAACGGACAUCUUCCUGUCUUAGCACAAUAUUAUGGUGCAUGUACUAGCAUGACUCAAUUGGCCUUGAUGCCCGUCUCCUGUAGCUCUCAGCUGUGUACAGUGUGUAUCCCUACUCACUCUACAAGUUGCAAUCUUGAUUAUUCGUCACUUCUCAUUAUAGUGUACCUUGGUUUAGAAUACAGUUUGGGCUGUGUUCCGCACUAGUCAGGUUGAAAUUGUUGAGUUGACACAGUGCCACAUGUGUAAUAUUAUUAUGCUGGUCAAUUGCAUAACCAGUCACGUGUA